AUGUCUAGGUGCAGGUUCAAUAAUACGAUCGAGCCACGAAAGUACAUAACUUAUCAGGAACGGGUGUUACUCCCGAGAAAGCUAGCGCCAAGCGAAAAAGCUGAGGUCGUGAACGGAGCGCGUCAACUUUCCUUACGACCACAGACAUGCGACAUCAAAACACCACAACGCCACAAAUUGCCAGUGAUCAGGGUUGAUGGAGACGAGAUGGCUAACUCUAGCCUGUUUUACGCUUACCAAGAGACACGACUAGAUUUGGACUCCCCCUCGCAAGGUACCACUAUUGCGAUCCGUUUGCCUGCUGGCGCAUCAAUAUACUCCAGACCAGCUUCAAAACGAUCCCGUGCUGUUGAACUCCCGAUCGCAGAGGAUGAAAAUGCCUUCAGGCAGCGGUACUUGGCGUCGGCUGCAUCAAUUUAUCAUCGAACCCACUACAAGUCGCCGAGAAGCUUUCUUUGGAGGGUGCUGGAAGAUGGAAAGGUCCUCUCGAUUCGAUCAGUCGACGUCUCUAGGGCCAGCAAAGCCGUCGAUGCCAACCUUACACUGCGAAUGAGUAUUCCGAGCGCGAUUAGACAAGGAUGUAUUGCGAUUACGGACUCGCCGGAGCAUGAUACUCUGAGCGUAUUCUUCUUGACGGAAAACAAGCAACUCUACACACUUACCCUUAAGCCAGAAUACUUUCGAAAAGCUGCGAGCACGGAGGAUAACGUAGGGGAAUGGUGCAAGGUCUACAAUUCUGCUGGGUUGGGUAUCAAACAUCCGCAUAGACUUGUAGCUCUAGGCGUAGAUGACCUGUUGAUUUCCAUGAUCGACGGUGGACUGUUGAGGCUCAACAGAAGUUCUGGAACUGGUAAUUUUCUCUGGAAGGAGACACAUUAUAAUGAAGGCGGCUGGGGGCUUAAUGUUCGAUCUAUUUCACUGUUCCAACGUGCAAACAUGAUUUCCUACGCCGGACAAAACAUGGAGCUUUCCGCGGCUACCUCCAUAGCUGCUCCGGAAAUACAACUCGAUGGAACACCUUUUGCGUUCACAGUCUGCUUGGACCAUCGAUUACGCAUCUGGAACCUGGCAACUGGAAAAAUCGCCUGCACGAAAGACAUCCUGGCCGACGAUCAGGAGCAGCCAGACCAACCCAAGAAAGUCAUUGAUCCGUCACAAUCGCAAUUGGUCAAGUUACUAGGUGACAACGAGGAGAGCGCUCUCUGUGUCACAUACUCUCCCCUGGGAAGCGGCGAGUUUAAAUUCUGGAAUGUCACUCCUCGGGCGGAUGGAAAGCUUGACAUAAGUGAUAUAUUUCAAGGCAGUCUCCUGAAGCCCUUGCUCCCAAAACCCGACGAGAUUUGGACAUUGGCGGACUUCUCCGUCGUCCUCGACAGGGACGACCACAACAAGAUUAGCCUAUGGGUAUUGUGGAAGAAUGACAUAGCAUCUCAUCUUCAUUACCUGGAGUUCUAUCGCAAUGCCGACGUGGGUCAAGUUGAGGUAGCGUGGAAGGAGGACUGGAUGGCCAUGAAAAAAUGUCCAGCGCUCGACAAGUCACCUCCACCAAUCGUCUUUUCUGGAGACUCCUCUGACGGGACAGAGAAAUGGCUUGAACUUAUUCUUCAUCCUGGCAGGUUUACGACUGCUACGCUUGAAACAGGCCUUGCAAUCUACACGCGUGGACUAGGCUCACUCAAAGCAUCCGCUCGCAAGCCAGGUUCUCUACCAGACAGACUCUGUACAACAAUAGCUGCAGCAGCUACCCUGAAUCGGUCUUCCAGUGGCGAUAUGGACUACGAGCAGUUUCGUCUUGCCACAGACGCCCAGUGGCGAAGAUUCUUUCGAGUUAUCUUCGAGCUCGAUCAGCAGCGUGGCGAAGCUAUGUCGCUAUCAGUUAAUCCUGAAGGAGAUAUGCCUUGGUUGGUUUUGGCGGAUGGGAUCUCGGCUAGCCGAGACUGUAGCCCUUUGGAACGAAUUUUAUUCAACCAUGAUCGGGCUUAUUCUGAAAACGAGCAUGUGGCCCGUCCACUGUUCGCUGCAACUGAUUUCCGGAAGUCACUCUCUGAGCAGUUCUUGCACGCCUGCAAGACCCAGAUGUUAGAGGAGAUUUGGCAACAGCCAUCUCUCACUGCCCCAGCAAGGAUGCGAAUAUUUUACGAGAAAUGCGACUUUACUGGUCAGAUAGGAGACGACUCAUUCCAUGACCUCCAAGUUGACCUAGGGGGUAACUUCAAAAAUGUCACCUCGCAGGUUUACACUGCCAUCCUGCAGCUCAUGAACGCCUCCGAGGAUUUCGAACGCGCCAAAAACCAACCUUUAGCAGAAACCGGCUACAAGCUGCUCAUGAAGGGCGUCCAAGAUACAGUGGAAUUGCACCGAGAAAUAUGUCUAGAUCAACUCAUACUCCUGAUACUGAUAGAGUACGAGAUAAAUCACUCAGAAGACGGAAUUCAAUUCGAAAGUGGCGUGGUAUUCCUUGAGCUCCUCAAUUUGUUGCAAAACCUAGAGUGUAUUAGGUGGCUUGUUCGCACGCAAAUAACUUUGGACGUUCCCAAGCUUGAACGUUCUAACUCCUUGGAUGUGCAGGCCCCGAGUUCCACAAAAAAGGUCCCGACACCGAAGACGGUGACUGUGUUGGAGGGCGCCUUCCGGUACUUACUAGGGUUGGAUCUACGACCAGGGGAGAGAAUGACUUCGGUUGUGACUGAGCAAAUUCUGCAGAUAUGUGCAAUCGAUAGCAGCUACGAGGUUCAGACUUCCCUGAUGCAGUGCUGGCUGCUUAAGGAAGGCCGACCUGACCUCGCCAUCGAAUUCUCGCACUUCACAGCUCAUGACGCUUUCUCUAUCUACGUCCAAGGACGAGUUCAUCUAGCCAACAACGAUGCUCCAGCAGCCUCAGCGCUUUUCAAAAAAGCCGCUUUCGGAAUGGGACACCCGGAUCCGAAAAAGCGCUCUGACUACAGGAGUGGAGGCUUCAUAGAUGACACAGAGAGGACACUCCUGAACGCAGGACUCCCCGAAUACUACUCCCAUAUAGUUGCACUCUUCGAAAAGGAGAAGAACUACUCAUACGUUAUCGAUUUCGCCCGACUCACUCUUCAAUUUUUUAGAGUCGGUCACGAGGAUGUGUAUUUGACCCGGAUUCGGAAAGACAUGCAUAGUCGGCUCUUCAGUGCCGCCAUCCAAACAUCCCGCUACGAACUUGCCCAUUCUACCCUGUGUCUAUUCACCGAUAGCGCACUCCAACAAUCCUCCCUCCGCAUCCUAGUCACCAAGAUGUGCGAAGCAUCCUGCGCCUCCCAACUCAUCGACCUCCCCUUUCUUGGCCUCCAAGAAAACGUCGACGACAUCCUUCGCCAGAAGUGCCAGAGCAUAGUGGAAGUCAAUAACGGCAUUCCCUACCACAAGAUUCUGUAUGCGUGGCGCAUUAAGCACAGCGAUUUCCGAGGCGCGGCCGCCAUCUCCCUCGAGCGCUUGCAGCGUUUACAGCAGUCCGGGGACGGGGACAAGAUUAUUGGAGACGGAGGCCUCGAGACACCCGUCACAAAGCAGUACGUCGCACUCAUCAAUGCCCUGAGCUGCGUCGAUCCUAAGCAAGCCUGGAUCCUGUCGGAAGAGCUCCCACGCAAGUCCAGCACGGCUGGCGUGAACUGCAAGAAGACGCCGCCCAAGAGACACGUGGUCACGCUGGAUGACGUGAGGAGGGCAUACCAAGCGGAACUCGAUCGCCUCGCGGCUAUUGCGAAUAACCAGUUCGCAUUUGGCGGCGGCGAUGAGAUGGACGUUUUAUGA